AUGGGUGAAACCUUUAACCAAACAGUUUGCUCUUCAUCAUCUUCAUCUCUAUCUACUUGGAAAAGCGAUAUCUUUGAUAGAAUCAGACAACAACAGGGUUCAUCUUCUUUCUUAUGCCGUAGACCAGUUAAUCAAGUUUUAUCUGUGACUUGCAUUCUCUUCUACGCUUUCAAAUACAUCAUCCAAUCUCUAAAUGUCUCUUCAAAUUGUCGCUUACAUCCCUUUGUCACAUCCAGAGAAGACUACAUCUACCUUCACGAACUCUACGAAGCUCUUUGUCAGCUUCAUCCUCCACCGCUGCCCUCCUCACAGACGAUGAGUCCUCACUCUCUCUUCCACCGCCCCAUUCUCCAUACCCUAGCUCAAUCGCCGUUCCGACUUCAACAUAUUGGAGUGAAGGCGUUUGAAAAACGAUCAAAACAACACACAAAUCAAACCAACGUUCUUUUAGCGUUUGAGAAAGUCAAGUCAUCAAGAGAAGAGAUGAAAGAUAAAGGUAAAGGCAAGAGUCAGGAUAGAAUCAGCACUCUUCCUCAAGACACAAUUGAAAAAAUUCUGACUCAUAUGCCAAUCCAAGAUGCAUUGAGGACGAGUAUUUUAUCAAGGAAAUGGAGGCAUUGGUGGAAGGGAAUGCCUAAACUUGUAUUUGAUGACAACUACUUGAAUACCUCAUCAAGUAGCAAAGAAAUUAGAAAAUAUAAGUUUGUCAAGCAAAAAUAUCAAGAAACUAAUCUACUAGAGCACCUACAUUUCACACAUUGUUUCGUUGAGCUUCCGAUAACAUUUAAUGGAUUUAUUACCUUGAGGAGUCUCAAGUUAUGCGAUGUCGUCAUCAGUGCGAAGAUGCUUCAACAAUUACUUACCAAUUGCCCAAUACUUGAGGAAUUUAUACUGACUGGAUGCCAAGACAUCUCUUGUGCACUACAAACCAAGUGUACAUUUCUUGAGCUAUCCAAGUGUACAUUUGGGAAUGAAGUUGGAUCAUCUUGA